AUGUCUCAGAAAACUGGGGUUCCUCCUUCCCACCGGCUUACUAAAUCUUUGCCUGUUGAUUUUAGGUUCAUGGGUUCUCCAACUUCCGCUCCCAGUGGAUAUGCGGAUGUAAAUUCAGGAAACAAUAGUGUAGCAAGCUUGAGCGCCCCUGAAAAUGGUGAUUCAGGGGGCAAGGUUGUUGAUAGAGUUGAAAAUGGUGUUGCUGAUACUGAUCAGGCCAAUGAGGAUUCACCAUAUAGUGGGAAUACUGUGUUGGUUGAGGAGAGGCCUUCUUCUGUGGGUGAUGAAGACUUGGACUCUGCUGCAGCAACAUUACCUUCAGUCUCGAAAUCUAACAUCGAACGUAGGUGGAGUGACAUAACUUCCUAUGCUACAAAAAAGAAGGUGCAGUCUUGGUUUCAACUUCCAAAUGGGAAUUGGGAGCUGGGGAGGAUUAUGUCAACUUCAGGGACUGAGUCAGUUAUUUCACUUCCUGAUGGGAAAGUUUUAAAGGUGAAUUCUGAAAGUUUGAUACCUGCAAAUCCUGAUAUCCUUGAUGGUGUGGAUGAUCUCAUGCAACUUAGUUAUUUAAAUGAGCCUUCAGUUUUGUUCAAUCUCCAAUAUAGAUACAAUCGAGAUAUGAUAUACACAAAAGCAGGACCAGUUUUGGUUGCUAUCAAUCCUUUUAAAGAAGUUUCUUUAUAUGGAAAUGACUACGUUGAAGCAUACAAGAAUAAAUCGAUCGAAAGCCCGCAUGUCUAUGCGAUUGCAGACACAGCCAUCCGGGAAAUGAUACGAGAUGAAGUGAAUCAAUCUAUCAUCAUAAGUGGUGAGAGUGGAGCAGGAAAAACUGAGACAGCAAAGAUAGCAAUGCAAUAUUUGGCAGCUCUUGGUGGCGGGAGUGGAAUAGAGUAUGAAAUAUUGAAGACCAAUCCAAUCUUAGAAGCAUUUGGUAAUGCAAAAACGUUAAGAAAUGACAACUCCAGCCGCUUUGGGAAGUUGAUUGAAAUCCACUUUAGUGAAACUGGAAAAAUAUCUGGGGCCAAGAUUCAAACUUUUUUACUAGAGAAGUCUAGAGUGGUCCAAUGUGCAGAGGGAGAAAGGUCUUACCAUAUAUUUUAUCAGCUUUGUGCUGGUGCUCCUCGUGCUCUUAGAGAGAAGCUGAAUUUGAUGGAUGUGGAUGAGUAUAAAUAUUUGAAGCAGAGUAAUUGCUAUUCUAUUGCUGGGGUUGAUGAUGCUGAACAAUUUCGCAUUGUUAAGGAAGCUUUGGAUGUUGUCCAUGUUAGCAAAGAAGACCAAGAGAGUGUCUUUGCAAUGCUUGCUGCAGUUCUGUGGCUGGGAAAUGUCUCAUUCACCAUCAUUGAUAAUGAAAACCAUGUUGAAGCUGUGGCAGAUGAAAGUCUAAUCAAUGUUGCUAAGUUGAUUGGAUGUGACAAUGCGGAGCUUAAUCUGGCUUUAUCAAUUCGCAAAAUGAGAGUUGGUAAUGAUAAUAUUGUCCAAAAACUAACACUAUCACAGGCAAUUGACACAAGAGAUGCCUUGGCAAAAUCAAUUUAUGCUUGUUUGUUUGAGUGGCUGGUAGAACAAAUUAACAAAUCACUUGCUGUUGGGAAGAGGCGAACUGGCAGAUCUAUCAGCAUUCUUGAUAUUUAUGGCUUUGAAUCAUUUGAUAGAAAUAGUUUUGAGCAGUUCUGCAUUAAUUAUGCAAAUGAGAGAUUGCAGCAGCAUUUUAAUCGUCAUUUAUUCAAGUUGGAGCAGGAGGAAUAUAUCCAAGAUGGCAUUGACUGGGCGAAAGUUGAUUUUGAUGACAACCAAGAUUGUCUUAAUCUUUUUGAAAAGAAACCUUUGGGAUUAUUGUCUCUGUUAGAUGAGGAGUCCACUUUUCCAAAUGGCAGUGAUUUCACAUUUGCCAACAAGCUCAAGCAGCAUCUAAAUUCUAAUCCUUGUUUUAGGGGAGAGCGAGAAAAAGCUUUCACUGUCUCUCAUUUUGCAGGAGAGGUUACAUAUGACACAACUGGAUUUCUAGAGAAGAACAGGGACUUACUGCACCUGGAUUCAAUUCAACUGCUGUCCUCGUGCUCAUGCCACCUUCCUCAGACAUUUGCAUCAAAUAUGCUUAACCAAUCUGAGAAGCCUGUGGUUGGUCCUUUACAUAAAGCUGGUGGUGCAGAUUCGCAAAAGCUAAGCGUUGCAACAAAAUUUAAGGGUCAACUCUUCCAACUAAUGCAACGUCUAGAGAGCACUACUCCACAUUUCAUACGUUGUAUAAAGCCUAACAACUCUCAAUCUCCUGGAUCAUAUGAGCAAGGACUCGUUUUGCAGCAGCUGAGAUGUUGUGGAGUUCUAGAGGUUGUUCGUAUAUCACGAUCUGGCUUUCCUACCAGAAUGUCUCACCAGAAGUUUGCCAGAAGGUAUGGUUUUCUUCUACUGGAAAACGUUGCCUCGCAAGAUCCACUUAGUGUUUCAGUUGCAAUUCUUCAUCAAUUCAACAUUUUGCCUGAGAUGUAUCAAGUGGGCUACACAAAAUUGUUUUUCCGUACUGGGCAGAUUGGUGUUCUUGAGGAUACAAGAAAUCAUACUCUUCAUGGCAUUUUACGUGUUCAAAGCUGCUUCAGAGGGCACCAAGCUCGCUGCUACUUUAAGGAGCUUCAAAGAGGAAUUGCUACCCUUCAGUCAUUUGUCAAAGGAGAGAAAACCAGGAAAGAAUAUGCUGUCUUACUGCAGAGACAUAGAGCUGCUGUUGUUAUACAAAAGCAGAUUAAAAGCAGGAAUGCGAGGAAAAAGUUCAAGAACAUUAGUCAUGCAUCAAUUGUGAUACAAUCAGUUAUUCGUGGCUGGUUGGUUAGAAGAUGCUCUGGAGAUAUAGGAUUACUGACAUCUGGGGGCUGCAAGGCAAAUGAAUCAGAUGAGGUGCUUGUCAAGUCAUCAUUUCUGGCUGAACUACAGCGGCGAGUUCUUAAAGCUGAGGCUGCUCUGAGGGAGAAGGAAGAGGAAAAUGACAUCCUCCACCAACGGCUCCAACAAUACGAAAGCCGUUGGUCCGAGUAUGAGCUAAAGAUGAAGUCCAUGGAAGAGGUAUGGCAAAAACAAAUGAGGUCACUCCAAUCCAGCCUCUCCAUUGCAAAGAAGAGCCUAGCAGUUGAUGAGUCAGAGAGAAAUUCAGAUGCAUCAGUUAAUGCAAGUGAUGAUAGAGAGUAUAGCUGGGAUACAGGAAGUAACCAUAAGGGCCCUGAGAGCAACGGGUUGAGACCAAUGAGUGCAGGGUUGAGUGUUAUAAGCCGGUUGGCGGAGGAAUUUGAGCAGAGGAGUAUAGUUUUUGGUGAUGAUGCCAAGUUCUUGGUGGAGGUGAAAUCAGGUCAGGUUGAAGCAAGCCUGAACCCGGAUCGUGAGCUUAGAAGGUUGAAGCAGAUGUUUGAAACAUGGAAGAAGGAUUACGCUUCAAGAUUACGAGAAACAAAAGUGAUACUGAAUAAACUGGGGAAUGAAGAAGGUGCACUUGACAGGGUGAAAAAGAAGUGGUGGGGCAGGAGGAACAGCUCAAGGUAUAACUAAAUUUAGAUUAUUAUUAUUAUUAUUAUUAUUAUUAUUCUUUCUAGUUGGUUUAUAGUUACGGUGUUGCUGUUGGCCGCAUUUUCUAUUGGCAACCAAGAGUUGUUGCAUAGAGAGAAAUUGUGAGAGUUUUGUUGUUACUGAAAAGGCAAGUAAAUUCAGGUGCACACCCCAAAAUUUAAAUAUGUAUAUUAUUUUCUUACUGAAAUGCUAAUCUUAUGUCCCCAAAGUUGGAGCUUUGUUUGUGGCUGUGAAAUGCUCUGAUAAACCCACAGUUUUAUUUGGUCAAUAUUUCCAUUUCAUUUUGCUUU